AUGAGAACCCUCCGCACUCAACGCUGGCCUUCUCACCGCCCUUCAUCCAUGUGCUGGGAAUGUGGAUCAGAGUCUGCCAUAUUGUUACGCCGUCCUCCUUCCCUAGGUCCUACCGCAGUCUCUCUUGCCCCGUAUGGACCUGAUAUAUUUCCAGACGUUUCGCCGGCUUCGUCAAAAUAUUGCUGGAAUUCUUCGUCAUCAGGUUAUACUACUCCAGCCGUAUUGACACCACGCACAGAGCCUCUUUAUAAACCUAACAAUAAAUCUUUUAUUCCACCCCCACCACCUGUAAAUUGGGUUGGACAUGAGUCAAAAAUAUUAAAUAUCAUUCCCGGAUUAGCUAGCAAGUCGAAGUCAGAGGCUGUUAUUAUGGCACGUCGGCUUAUGCAACUUAACCUUCGCAUCCUACAGAUUUCGGCUUCAGGACCAUGCCCAACCCAAAUAUGUCUGGCUGCUAAGGCACAACAGGCUACUAUCUCACUUGCGCGUUUUCAUACAGUUGUUCAAGUCCUCAAUGCUCUUAAGCAACUCGAAAUUACAACUCGUCUUUCUGGUGAGAUCUGCUAUCGAUCAUUGGGCCUCAAAUUGCCUGCCUUAUUUCCUCGGCACCUGGACCGCGUCUCUUAUUCCCCAUUACAUUGGUCUCGAUUAGACACAAUUUUAUCUCCUACUCCUAAUUGUCAUACCAGUCUGGACGCUCACAAGAUAUUUUCAACCAGGUCUGAAACAUCAAGGUAUUCUAGAUAUUUUCACACAAGCCCAAUUUUAUACUCAGCUGCCCAACCGGAUCUCUCCCUCCUACUUCUCGAUCUUAUAAUCACCUGCAACCGGUCUAUCGCUCAUGAGGACAUUCUUCUCUUGGCAAUCGGCUGUUUGGCCAACCUCGCUAUGCAUCCUCCUCUAGCUGCCAAUGUUGCUGUCUGGUGGACCCCGAUAUACCAUAACUCUGGCACUAGAAAUUGUCUACAACAACUUUCAAUGACAGCUCAUUCUAGCGCGGGAGCACCAAUGCCCGAACACACCACACAUCCAAUUUCUCCCAAGCUUGAGGAGGGUUUGACUUCCCAAAAAAAUUUAUUCUCCACAAUGGAUAAGGUGGUUAGCUCUCAGGCGCGAUAUUCGUCUUCAGCUAACUUCAUUGCUCCAAUUCUCCCGAGUCCGGAUAAAACAUUAAUUCCAUCCUCCAUCAUGAUGCCGACUAUGCCAUCUCUGUCAGUAGCAAGAGGCCAGGUUACAUUUUCGGGCAUCUCACGAAUAAAGAGUGUAAAAGACGUAAAGGGCGAGCGACCUGGUAGCAAGUGCCUGAGUUUUACGAGUAGGUUUGAUGAUCACCGUUGCAUGACACUUAAAGAGCGAGGCGAUAUAAUAGGAAGAUUCAAACAUCAAAUGGACUUUAUUGAUACUAAUUUAUCUUCAACAGAGAAGAAUGAAGAUUUUUGCCAAAAAAGCAUGUUGGCUCUCGAUGCUUCAGCAGAUUGUAGUUCUUCUCCCAUUAGACGGCAUCUGCGGAGCUUAAGCAGUGAUUCUACAACAAGAGUGAACAAAGCAAACUCUAGCGGCAACGAGAUAUUUCGUGCCAUGAUUCGCUUACUAUGUUUACCAUUUGAUUUAUCAAAGCGAGUUUACUUGAUUGCUGAGCAAUUUCAUGUCGAUUAUCUUAACUCUUUUUGGGCCUAUCUAAAUCAUAGCAUGCAAGUUUAUCAUAAUUUUAUAUCUAAAGGUUCAUUCGUUGGGCAUAGUCAUGACGAUUCUGAGAUCGAUCUUCCUUCUCUAACCGCCUACAAAACCUCAGGUUGGCAGAAGACUCUUCCUAAGUACUCAUUACAAUCGAAGAAUCAUACCAAAGUUAGCGGGCAGAUCGCUUGGGCAAAACGUUCAUUCGCCGAUACUCUUUUAUUCAGAUACUCCGGCCAUGGAAUCAGCUUAGUUGACGCUCUUCUCGGAUUAAUCUCACGGACUUGGCGUUCCCGACCAGGCACACCUGGUCUCCGUCUUUUCGUCAGAUGUACGUGCUUACUCGCACUUAUCUGUGCUGCAACUCCAUCUUACUGCCUCCCUAAAGCCAAGCUAGUGUAUCUACUUCAGCCAAUCGCUGAUUCUCUACUCUCCCGGCGCAGCUCUGGAUCCAUGGCUGUUACAACGGGCAGUAGAGCCUGUGAUUCACGACAAACUUCGCGGAAACGAAUCCCUAGGCCCACUCACAUCUCACCACCUGGAUUGCUUACUAUGCGUUCCGGCGAUUCUUUGUCAGGAAAGCUCAGACGCUCUAUCAGCUUUUCAGAUAUUCCUGACCACCAUCGACGUGCUGAUCAAAUCCUUGGACACAAUUAUGAUCUUGGUUCUACUGAUGAUAAUUUGCUUAGUAUGAAUACCGAUUCUAUUAAUGAUACUGGCGUUUCUGAUGUUACUCCCCAAAGUUCUGCAUCCAUGGAUUACCGGUUAUUGCAGGUCAAUGCAUUUACUAAUGUAAAACCUUUUAGUGAAAAUCUGAACCUGAGACUUCAGCCCGCACUUUCCCAAGUGUCUGACACGGAAAAGCUCCCUCGCGGUUAUAGGACACACAAGACUACCAUGUUUUUAAGUGGUACGGCGAAAUCGAGGAAAGAAAAUGAUCAGCUCAAAAUUGGUGGGGUCGUCGAGAUGCCGAAAGAAGUUUUAGGAUCUAGAAGUAAACCAUCCUGCUCUUCCUUACAGAGUCACCAACAUGCUAUAAGUUGGCCACAGCAGCUCCCCACUGGCAAGAUCAAAUCCUUUCUGAGAUUGGCAGUACUCUCGAGAGAGCUCAGGUAG